CAAGGCAGGAGCCCCAAGAAAUUCAACAAGGGGAAGUACGAAGUGCUGUCCCUGCUUGCAGUGGAAGAGAAGUGGGAAGGAGAGCCAGCUUAUUUUGACAAUGCUCACAGAAAGAUGCUUGGCAUUUGUUUAUUCUGCACUGUACCUCUGGUCAUCCUUGUUCUUCUCACUCUUUAAAGUCUCUCAGCAAGGGGAAAGCCAGAGACGCUUGUACAGAGAACUGCUGCGGAACUACAAUCGUCUGGAACGACCUGUAGUGAAUGACUCCCAACCACUCAUAGUUGAGCUCCGGCUUUCCUUGUCGCAGAUAAUUGAUGUGGAUGAGAAGAAUCAGGUGUUGAUCACCAAUGCUUGGCUGCAGAUGUACUGGGUUGAUGUUUACUUGUCUUGGGAUCAGUAUGAAUAUCCAGGAGUGCAGAACUUGCGAUUUCCUUCCGACCAGAUUUGGGUACCAGACAUUCUUCUGUAUAACAGUGCAGAUGAAAGAUUUGAUGCAACUUUUCACACAAAUGUGCUGGUGAACUACUCUGGAUCCUGCCAAUAUAUUCCUCCAGGCAUUUUGAAGAGCACAUGUUACAUUGAUGUCCGCUGGUUCCCCUUUGAUGUGCAGAAGUGUGAUUUGAAGUUUGGCUCCUGGACUCACAGUGGCUGGUUGAUUGACCUGCAGAUGCUCGAGGCUGAUAUUUCCAACUACAUCUCAAAUGGAGAAUGGGAUUUAGUGGGUGUCCCAGGGAAGAGGAAUGAGAUGUACUACGAAUGCUGCAAAGAACCAUACCCAGAUGUGACAUACACCAUCACCAUGCGUCGACGCACCCUCUACUAUGGCUUGAACUUACUCAUUCCCUGUGUCCUCAUAUCUGGUUUAGCACUGCUUGUAUUCCUUUUGCCAGCUGAUUCUGGAGAGAAGAUUUCUUUAGGUAUCACUGUCCUUCUUUCCCUGACUGUAUUCAUGCUGCUCGUGGCUGAGAUCAUGCCUGCAACUUCUGACUCUGUCCCGCUAAUAGCUCAGUAUUUCGCUAGCAUCAUGGUCAUCGUUGGUCUGUCUGUGGUGGUAACAGUGCUGGUUCUGCAGUUUCACCAUCAUGACCCCCAAGCAGGAAAGAUGCCCAAAUGGGUCCGCGUCGUCCUGCUGAAUUGGUGUGCUUGGUUUUUACGAAUGAAAAAACCUGGGGAAAACAUAAAGCCCCUCUCUUGCAAGUACAGCUAUUCCAAGCAGCAGCUGAGCGUGAACAGCAUGGAAGUGAGCGUCCUUCCCGGGCACCAGUCCAGCAACGGCAACACCAUCUACAGCUACCAUGCCAUGGAGAGCCCGUGCUGCCCACAGCAGAACGACCUGGGCAGCAAAGGUGGGAAGAUGACCUGCCCCUUGGCAGAAGAUAUUGAGCUUGUGCAAAAGAAAGCUUUAAUGGACACUCUUCCAGUGAUGGUGAAGAUCCUGGAGGAAGUCCAGUUCAUAGCGAUGCGGUUCAGGAAACAAGAUGAGGGUGAAGAGAUCUGCAGUGAAUGGAAGUUUGCAGCUGCUGUCAUAGACAGAUUAUGUCUGGUUGCAUUUACCCUUUUUGCCAUCAUUUGCACAUUUACAAUACUCAUGUCUGCUCCAAACUUUAUAGAAGCUGUUUCAAAGGAUUUUGCAUAAGGUUUUCAAAGAUGAGCAUGAUAAUCAAAAAGUGAAUAUUGCCAGUAAUUUUACUAGAUAAUUUAACUCAAAUAGAGAAGUGUACUUAUAUGUGCUAACAUACACAGAAGGGGAUUAAAAUAAUUUCAGGACAUAAUUAUUCCUGAUGUUAGUGAUUGUAGUUUCUGAAUAGUAAAUGUAUUGAACUCCGUUACUUAUUUCAUAGACUAGUGCCACAUGUAAUUUUGUCAUGAUCUGUGGUAAGUGAUAGACAAGAAUUCAAUACAUUACAAUACUAUAAUAUAUUUAUUACAAGUUAACAUUAGUAUCAAUGUGUUACUUUGAAUUUGUGAACUUUUGGAUAUCGUUAAUUUAAAUGACCAUUGAAGACUAUAAUUUUUUGCAUAAUUUUAUUGUUUUCAGUAUAUCUGUGUUUUAUAAUUAUUGUUUGGUGUGGCUGUGACAUGCACUUCUCAGAUUUGAAAGACGUAUCUCCACAGUCUCAUGAUGCUGUAUAUUGUAUUUAUGAGAAUAAACCAUCAUCAUAUUAGCUCAAGCUAGCACAACGACUACAAUGCUUUCUUGGUAAAUUUGUUAAGACUGUAUCUUUCCCAGAAAAUCACUUCGGGUUAUUUUUUAAAAUUUAAAUUAGGAAAUAUUGUUUUUGACAUUGGAAAGAAAUGUCUUUCUCCUUGUUGACAAUCAUCUAUGUAAUUUACAAUGCUUACUUAACUGUUUCUGUCAUCUGGAAAGUCUACUUGGUUUAAAAUAUCACUGCUUUCUUGGAACACAGUUGCCGACCUAACACUAACUAACUCUGUGCAAUUAAGGCAGAAUCUUGUGGCUCCAUAAUAUCUAGGAAAUGGUCGACAGAUUUAAUUUGGCUCAGAUUUCCUAUCCAGUCUAUACCACUGAAGUAGUAUUUUUUUGAAAAUUCUAUUAGUACAGUUUCCUUUCUAUGUGGUCACUAGGCUUUGUUAAAAGGAGUGUAUAAAAGACAAACUUUAUUUUGCUCAAUUUUAAUGUAUCAAUGCUUAUUAUGAAAUUUUUGUCCUUAAAUAUUCUCUAAUAUAAUGUCUAUAUAUUAAUAAAACAUAAUUGAAUUAUGCCA